AUGCUCCGAGGCCGCCGCUGUGUUCUCCUGCUCUGUGCGCUGCUGGCCAGCGUGUCCGGGGAGGGCCAUGAGGAGGAGGACCCGCACGACAAGCACCUCUACUCAGGCGAGAUGUUCACCCAUGCCAUCAAGGAGGCCUCGCACUUUAUCAUGUUCUUCGCUCCAUGGUGUGGACACUGUCAACGUCUUCAAUCAACAUGGAAUGAAUUGGGCGACAAAUAUAAUAAUAUGGAGAAGACUCCAGUUUAUGUUGCUAAAGGUGGAUUGUACUGUGGACAACACAUUAUGCUCUGAUAAUGGUGUCCGUGGAUACCCCACUCUGAAGCUGUUUAAACCAGGCCUAGAAGCUGUGAAGUAUCAGGGAGCAAGGGACUUCCAGACACUGGAAAAUUGGAUGCUUCAGACUGUAAAUGAGCAACCAGAAGAACCAAAGGUUGAGCAAGAAACCCCUAAAGCACCGGAGGCCAAACAGGGCCUUUAUGAGCUCUCUUCAGGAAACUUCAAGGAUCAUGUUGCUGAUGGAGACCACUUCAUCAAAUUUUUUGCCCCUUGGUGUGGCCAUUGCAAAUCAUUGGCCCCAGCAUGGGAGCAGCUGGCUUCCUCUUAUCAGGAAUCCUCUACAGUCAAAGUUGCAAAGGUUGACUGUACUCAGCAUAAUGACCUCUGUUCUGAUAAUCAAGUACGUGGCUAUCCCACACUAAUUUGGUUCAGAAAUGGUGAAAAAGUGGAUCAGUACAAGGGGAAACGGGAUUUGGAUUCCUUAAAAGAGUAUGUGGAAACCCAGAUGAAAACCACAGACAACAAGGAAGCAGAUGUCCCAGCACAAGAAGAUGAACCAAUAGCCGUGGAAUCGAAGGUACUGGCUCUUACGGAAAAUAACUUUGAUCAAACUGUUGCCAAAGGUAUCGCCUUUAUAAAGUUCUACGCACCAUGGUGUGGACACUGUAAGCAUUUAGUUCCUACAUGGGAGGAUCUUUCCAAAAAAGACUUUCCUGGUUUUAGUGAUGUGAAAAUAGCCAAAGUGGACUGCACUGCUGAACGAUCCCUCUGUAAUAGAUUCUCGGUACGGGGAUAUCCAACAUUGCUGCUCUUCCGUGCUGGGGAAAAAGUGAGUGAGCACGAAGGAGCUAGAGACCUGGAAACACUACAGAACUUUGUGCUGCGGAAUUCCAGAGAUGAACUGUAA